UGGUCAGUAGCGCAGGAGCAAGUAUCGGGAGUAGUUGGUGGGUGUCGAGUUUUUUGUAACAUCUUGCCUCGUCUUCUAAAAGACGAGUGGCUGGUACGCUAGGAAAAAUACUCGCUGCCGUGCUUCCGCGUAUACGUGCCCGAAAAAUGUAAUAUGGCGAUGGUCGCGUCGAACAUGAGCGGCCACAUACAAAAGCAGCUCACUAGAAGUCUCGAGCGAAUCCUGGAGGAAGCACACUUGAGCGGCGAACUCAAGCUUAGCGGUCGAAAGCUUAAGGACUUUCCAAAAGUCGGGAAAACAGGUUCUAGCAAGUACAAUCUUCAGGAUACGGUUAUUGCUGAUCUCUCGAAGAACCGUUUCGCCGAGUUACCGGAAGAGGUGACGGAAUUUCUGUUCCUCGAAAAGCUACAUCUCUACCACAAUGCCAUAAGAAUAAUACCGGAAACCGUGGUGAUGCUACAGUCCCUCAACUACCUCGAUCUUAGUCGCAACCAAUUGACGUCUCUACCUCGGGAGAUAUGCAGGCUACCGCUGCAAACGUUGCUGGUCGCUCACAACAGAUUGGCAUCCCUGCCGGACGAAUUGGGCAGGAUGACGGCAUUGGCAGAGCUGGACGCCGGCUGCAACGAAAUCACCAAUCUGCCGCCUCGGAUGGGCGAUCUCGCGCGACUUAGGUCCUUGGACUUGAGGAGCAACAUGAUCGUGCACCUGCCUAUAGAACUGACGUACCUGAGACUCGUAAAGCUGGAUAUCAGCGGCAACCGAAUAUCCGUGCUUCCAAACGAGAUGAGGAAAAUGAAGAGCCUGGUCGACUUUCGGCUAGCCGAUAAUCCCUUGACCUCGCCGCCUGCCUCGCUAUGCAUUCGCGGGCGAACGCACAUCUUUAAGUAUUUGGAGAGACAGGCGGCGAAACACGAGAGAGCCAGAGGCGGCCGCGUGAGAAGAACACCUUUGGAUGUCAGAGGUCACGCGACCCUGGACACGAGGACUCACAGGAGACACAACGUCGACAGCGGAUACAGCACCAGUGACGGUGUCGACAAACGCUGGUCUCAAGAGAUUCACAGCGCGGUGCACGACGGUGAGAUCCGGAGCCUGUGGCGUCAGGAGUGCUCGCCGCUUUCCAUCACGCUGCCACACGAGACGAGCGUGAACGGAUCCUGCAGCGGAACCUCGACUCCUAGUACCAUCUCGCCUGGCGAGCACACGUCGCUCGAGGAUGAGCUCGGCAAGGCCAUGAUACUGCACGAUCAGUUGGAAAAGAGGAAACUAGAAAGAAGCACCUCGGAGAACGGCGGCGAUGUCAGAAGACCGAUGACCUCUGGCCUCUACCACGCGUCGAUUACGCCACCCGGCCCCCUCGAAUCCGCUCAUCUGAAUCAAACGACACCGGUAUCAACGAACACGCAGUCCGUGCAACCGUUGCAAACGUCGACCGCGAACGCUACCUCUUUGAUGAACGGGGACGAAAAGAGGCCGCUCAAUCACAUACAGACCUACAGAGAGUAUAAAGAGGCGUUGAGGCAACAGAGGGCUAAUGAGGGACCCAGCGUAUACAGGCCUCGAGAACAGGUCACACCACCAGGCAACGAAUCGCAAAACAACGAGACGGACUUGGCUAGCAAUAAAGACGCGGUGGGUAUGACCGGUAAACAGAUCUUCAACGAGGAGAACGCGACCAAGAGACCAGUGCAGAAGGUAACUCCGUCACGCAUCAACUAUCAGAACACGCCGAUUAUCAACGGUAGCAAUAACGAAUACAACAAUAAGAACGGGAAAUACCUCGAGCAGCCCUAUAAGAAGCCUAAUUCGCCGAUCAAAACAUCUUCGAGCAUUUUAUCCUCCAACACCAGUCCAGGACACACGCCUAGGCUAGUCAAAACCGCCGUUGGCUACGUGGAAGGUAACAAGAGUCCCAGCAGGAACGGUGGAAGUCCAAAGUCUCCUCGAUCGGUGACAUGGAACAGCAACGUGCCAGAGAAAUAUUCGUUUACCAUGAGAAGAGAGUUCGAACGUGCCAAGGAGGAAGCUGACCUGAUCGAGCAACUGCGAAAUCACAUCGAAACCCGGCUGAAGAUGGCUCUGCCGGAAGACCUUGCCCCGGCGCUAACGGACGGAGUUGUACUUUGUCACUUGGCAAAUCAUGUAAGACCUCGAUCGGUUGCCAGUAUCCACGUUCCUUCACCUGCUGUGCCCAAGUUGACAAUGGCAAGAUGCAGGCGUAACGUCGACAAUUUCCUCGAAGCGUGUCGGAAGAUAGGUGUCGAUGAGAAUCUCGUGUGCUGUGCUAGUGACGUACUGGAAGGAGGUCGUGGAGUGGUUCGCGUGGCUGUCACCGUCUCGGAAUUGCUCAGGUUCCAUCAGUCACGCUCUCCGUUGCAGACUGCGUCAUCGUCGAACAUGCCAAACCACGUGUCUGCUUAGCGCCAGACGAUAUAAUUCUCGAAAAAAAUGCUCGUCGACCAUGAAGGAAAUGGAUUCGCAACCACAUUUUUCCAACUGUGUACCAAGGAAGAAUGGACCUAGCAGUAACGUUUUGUCGCGUCUUUCGUAUUCGAGGCACGCGAUUUCGUAACGCGUACAAAACCGACGAGUCGUAACAAUUCUCGGUUCAACGAUCGAUCGAUGCCAUAGGGAAUCGAUAGUCUCUAGACUUUUAUACUCAUUGUACGCGUCGGGUAAUCGCAUUGUCUGAUCACUUAUGGCGACUUUCUAAUCAAAAAAGAAAAAAAAAAAAAAAAAAAAAAAAGGAAGAGUAAAGAAAGAAAAAAUAUGCGACGCGGCAUUAAAGUAUUGAACGCAACGUUAAACUGCAAUCAAUUAUAACUCUCGACUAUAAUUAUACGAAACUUUUAUAUCGGAAAGACAAAACGUAUCUUUGUACGAGAAAAAAAAGUAGCCGAAAUUAGGAUAAAAUCGUAACCGAGUUUUACAAAGAGGUUAGGCUACGACGCGCGAAUGUAACAGUCAUAUAGAGGGUUAAUAAAUAUCGGAGACAUUUUCUCGGGCUCAAUUUUACGAGACCUCUAUGCAAUGAAAAAAGUUCCUAGGCGCGUGUAAUCGACGCUUUAUAUUUCGUAACUAUUACACGUUAUAUAGAUAUAUAGAUAUAUAUAUAUCCGAGCAUUAUCUCGACCAAGAUAAUCGUUUUGAAUGAUUAUGAGAAAAGAAUCGUAAUACAAACUUUUUUCGUUGUUCCACCGUUCAACUUUAAUCCCAAUAAAAUGUCUUCUAUAUCUAUUAACUUCCUGUAUAUCCGUGCUUUCUACUAGAUGGUAAUUGCGAGGCAUUUCGAUAUCGUAACGUGGAACAAUAAUCGAUCGAUCAAAUCAAAACACGAGGAGCGAUAACGCGAUUUUGUACUCGAUCAAAACGAACCCAUUGAAAUUCUAUCGUUAUUCGAAUUAAUCUGCAGUUAAUCCAAAUAAUUAUAUUCGGCGAUUGGAGCAUGCAGAUGCAAUCGAAGAUGAAUUCGCGUAACUUAAGACGAAAGUAGAUCGAUAUAAUUUUACGCGAAUUAUUUCGAUCGGAGAGAUUCGAUGCAUUUUAUUUGUUACAGGGCAUUUGGUUCGUUUGUUCCGCGAUACUUUACGAUUUCGUUUAUCUCCGAACAAGAUACCAGGAAGCUGGACUUUUUGUCACCUUUUAGCCUAGACACGAUGCACGCGUGAUCUACUGCGGAUGAAGUAGGUCUCUGCGCGAGUAAAUGGUAAGUUAGUUAGGACGUUUUCAAUACCACCGACGAUCGAUAACGAGCUCGGUCGAUCGAUCGAUUCCGAUUGUUCGCGACAACUUCUAACGAGGUCGUCGUUGUAUCGCAUAUUAUUCGUACGUUUACGUAAAAUUAAGGCCUAGGUGUUCACAGCAACGUGUACCGUCAGCGUUGCAUAAAUUUUCUCUUGUUUCG